GGUGACGUCAGUGCCGUGCGUCACUCCCGGUGGUCACUCCUCUGUCACAUCGCCGCUGCACCUUUCACCGGGAGCCGCGAAGGGCAUCAGGGGAACCGGCCUCACGGAGCACCGCAGCCCGCCUUCUCCAGAACGAGGAAGAGGACCACGCCCACUUCUUGUUGGAUACUUCCUGUUGGACGUUACACUUCCUGUGGACUAACCCGGACUCUGUGGGUCUGUGGACCGGACCAGGACUAUGCAUCGCCUCAGGACUUGUGCGGCUCGUUUGCGGCCGCUAACGGCGACGCAAACCGCUCAGACUGCCGGCCCCAAGCGGCCAAUCACAGCCCAGUAUCCGGGCGGAUCAAGGACGUUUCAGCCAAUCAGGUGCUACUCUGCUCCUGUGGCGUCAGAGCCUUUUUUGAAUGGAACCAGUUCAAAUUAUGUCGAGGAAAUGUACUUCGCCUGGCUGGAGAACCCAAAGAGUGUACACAAGUCGUGGGAUGUGUUUUUUCGUAACGCCAACGCCGGAGCACCCCCUGGUGCUGCGUACCAGUCUCCUCUGGGUCUGAGCUCGGCUCUGGUGUCCCCUCUUGGCUCCGCUGUCUCUGCACAGCCCAAUGUGGAGAAGCUAGUGGAGGACCAUCUGGCCGUGCAAUCCCUCAUCAGGGCCUAUCAGAUCCGCGGGCACCAUGUGGCUCAGCUGGAUCCGUUGGGCAUCAUGGACGCCGAUCUCGACUCUUGUGUUCCCACUGACAUUAUCACGUCCUCCGACAAGCUGGACGUGUCAGUGUUCAACGAGAGGAUCAGAGUUCUGACUGUGGGAGAGUCGGUGUACAGAGGCAUCAUUCGACGUGGCUUCUAUGGUCUGGAUGAGUCGGAUCUGGAUAAGGUUUUCCGUUUGCCCACGACCACGUUCAUUGGAGGAUCUGAGAGCGCUCUGCCUCUGAAAGAGAUCAUACGGAGACUUGAGAUGGCGUACUGUCAGCACAUCGGUGUAGAGUUCAUGUUCAUUAAUGACUUGGAGCAGUGUCAGUGGAUCAGGCAAAAGUUUGAGACUCCAGGAGUGAUGCAGUUCACUCUGGAGGAGAAGAGGACGCUGCUCGCUCGCAUGGUCCGCUCCACCAGGUUUGAGGAGUUCCUGCAGAAGAAGUGGUCUGCAGAAAAGCGCUUUGGUCUGGAGGGCUGUGAGUCUCUGAUCCCAGCUCUGAAAACCAUCAUCGACAAAUCCUCCGAGAAUGGAGUGGAGAACGUCAUCAUGGGCAUGCCCCACAGGGGGCGCCUCAACGUGCUUGCCAACGUCAUUCGCAAAGAGCUCGAGCAGAUCUUCUGUCAGUUUGACUCCAAGCUGGAGGCGGCCGACGAGGGCUCUGGGGAUGUGAAGUACCACUUGGGCAUGUACCAUCGUCGUAUAAACCGCGUCACAGACAGAAACAUCACUCUGUCUCUGGUGGCCAACCCGUCUCACCUGGAGGCCGUGGAUCCUGUGGUCCAGGGAAAGACCAAAGCUGAACAGUUCUACUGCGGAGACAACGACGGCAAGAGGGUGAUGUCGAUCCUGCUCCACGGAGACGCCGCGUUCGCCGGUCAGGGAAUCGUCUACGAGACGUUUCACCUGUCGGACCUGCCGUCGUACUCCACCCACGGCACCGUGCACGUGGUCGUCAACAAUCAGAUCGGCUUCACCACAGACCCUCGUAUGGCUCGCUCGUCCCCCUAUCCCACAGACGUCGCUCGUGUGGUGAAUGCUCCGAUCUUUCACGUAAACGCCGACGACCCCGAGGCCGUGAUGUACGUGUGUAACGUGGCUGCAGAGUGGAGAGCCACCUUCCACAAGGACGUCGUGGUCGACCUGGUGUGCUAUCGUCGCAUGGGCCACAAUGAAAUGGACGAGCCCAUGUUCACUCAGCCACUCAUGUAUAAACAGAUUAAGAAACAGAAGCCAGUGCUGCAGAAGUACGCAGAGAAACUGAUCAGCGAGGGAGCUGUGACAAGGCAGGAGUAUGAGGAGGAAAUUGCGAAGUACGACAAGAUCUGUGAAGAGGCGUACGCUCGCUCCAAAGACGAGAAGAUCCUGCACAUCAAGCACUGGCUGGACUCACCCUGGCCCGGUUUCUUUACUCUGGAUGGACAGCCCAAGUCCAUGAGCUGCCCGUCCACUGGUCUGACUGAAGAAAAUCUCAACCACAUCGGGGGUGUGGCCUCCUCUGUGCCCGUUGAGGACUUCACCAUACAUGGAGGUCUAAGCAGGAUCCUUAAAGGCCGUGGGGAGAUGAUCCGUAACAGGACUGUGGACUGGGCUCUGGGAGAGUACAUGGCCUUUGGGUCUCUGUUGAAGGAGGGCAUCCAUGUGAGGCUGUCUGGGCAGGAUGUGGAGAGGGGGACCUUCAGCCACCGUCACCACGUGCUCCAUGAUCAGAACGUGGACAAGCGCACCUGUAUCCCCAUGAACCACAUGAGCCCAGACCAGGCUCCUUACACAGUCUGCAACAGCUCCCUGUCCGAGUACGGCGUCCUUGGUUUCGAGUUAGGUUUUGCGAUGGCAAGCCCGAACGCUCUGAUCCUGUGGGAGGCUCAGUUUGGAGACUUCCAUAACACGGCCCAGUGCAUCAUUGACCAGUUCAUCUGCCCGGGUCAGGCCAAGUGGGUCAGACAGAAUGGCAUUGUGCUGCUGCUGCCCCAUGGACUGGAGGGCAUGGGUCCAGAGCACUCUUCAGCCCGACCUGAGAGGUUCCUCCAGAUGUGCAACGACGACCCCGACGUGCACCCGCCCAUCACAGAGGACUUUGCCGUUCAACAGUUGUACGACUGUAACUGGAUCGUGGUGAACUGUUCGUCUCCAGGAAACUACUUCCACGUUCUGAGACGCCAGAUACUGCUGCCCUUCAGGAAACCACUGAUCGUCUUCACUCCCAAAUCGCUGCUGCGCCACCCAGAGGCCAGGUCCAGCUUUGACGAGAUGCUCCCAGGGACACAUUUCCAGAGGUUGAUUCCUGAAGGGGGCGCUGCAGCUCAGAACCCACAGUCUGUGAAGAGAGUGUUGUUCUGCACCGGCAAAGUCUUCUAUGAGCUCAACAAGGAGAGGAAGUUACGUGGGCUGGAGGACCAAGUUGCCAUCGCCAGGGUGGAGCAGUUGUCUCCGUUCCCGUUUGACCAGGUGAAGGCAGAGGUGGAAAGGUUCCCAAACGCAGAUCUGGUCUGGUGUCAGGAGGAGCACAAGAACCAGGGUUACUAUGACUACGUGAAGCCCAGAAUCCGUACCACCAUCCAGAGAACCAAACCUGUGUGGUAUGCCGGGCGAGGGGACCAGCCGCUGCUUCCAGCCACAGGAACAAAAACACUCACCUGAUGGAGCUGCGACGCUUCCUCGACUCCGCCUUUGACACUGGACACGUUGAGGAUGGAGUAGGAUCAGAGGUCACAGAGGGGUCAGAGGUCAGGGGGGCCGAGGUGGGCGAGGUUACAAGGGGAAAAGACAUCUCUGUUACAAGCGAUGCUGCUCAAACUGAAGCAGAAACUCUGACCUGAGAAUUUAAAGGUUUUAUCUUUAUCAUCGCGGUAUCUCAAAAUAUGAAAAUAAAAUGUUUUGGAUUCUUUGGGAAACAGUAGCUUCAGUUUCACACAUAAAAACAGGAGAAAGUGACCUGAAUAUUCAAAGUCCAGUAUUUGAAACUGGAACAAGAACAAACAUGUCAAAUAUUUGUAGUUUUUUAAAAGUUAAAACCAUAUUUCUUUGACAAAACGGGUAAAAAUAUAAAACUUCCAUUAUCAUUUGUUAUGUCAUGGGUGAACAUAAAAUUCUACAAACUUAAGACAUUUUGGAAAUACUUAAAAUGUAGAAAUAUUGGCCUUAAAAAAAUUGUAAAAUUUAAGUUGAACAUUUUAAGAUUAAGUUGUUCCAUUUUAUUAAGAAAAGUGUGGGAAAAUAUGAGCAUUUCGAUCUCAUUUUGUCCAAAACAUGAAUGAAAUCACUCCUUUUUCUCUUUUAUUUCCAGGUCAGAGGUCGUAUUUGACUUUUGAUUUUCGCCCAGUGUGUUUUGCCUUUUGCAGGUGUAGAUUUAAACAUGUGAUAUUUACUCUCAAACACUUUUGUUGGCACAUCCUUGACAUGAACACUGUGAUCAGCCGAGCUCGGGACAACUUCAAAUUUCAGUUUAAAAUUAAGCUUUUUUAGAUUUUUUUUUUUUUUUAAGUUUAAAAUGUUUGAAAUUUGGUGAAAUAUUGUAUUGUACAUUUUUAAUUUUUUUUUGCGUGUAUGUUCCUGCUUUCGAGUCAUCUUAAAAUUUUACAGAUUUGCAAAACAGAUAUUGUGAAGUAAAUAGUUAAUAAUUUUGUGGUAAAAUGAAACGAUGGAAUGAAAAAAUCUGUUUGAAAGUAUCGCUACAUACUGUUGGUUUUUAUUGAAUGUCAAAUUAACCAUAGCUGUCAAACCAAAUUACUUUCACUUUAUAGAAUCUAUUCCUUAGUAUUGAAAUGGAGUUUGAAAUUUUAUUAUCGCAACAUUUUGCCAAAGGACACAAUGGCACUACAGGGACAAGGUUUGAACUGGUGACGCUGCAAUUGCUGGGUGAAUGCUUAACCCUCUGCUCCACACAAGAGUUUCAAAGAGUUUUUAGUUGAGUGUUCUGAAGUUGUCCCGUGUUCCUCUGUCCUGUGUCUGAACUCUGCACUGCUGUUUGAACCGGUGCAAAACACGACCAGUAAAAAGCAACUAUUUAUUUUCAUAACCAGGGAAACGACUCGCUGCGAAGAACCAAUAAAAACUGUAUUACUCCAACCACAUCUGAGUCGAGUUUGAUU